GCUGCAAACGUUCAAGUGAAAAGGUGGAAAUAAAAUUUAAAUUUUAGACCAAAUAAAAAUUAAAUUAGAGUCGUUGUGAAUUGUCGACAGUGAGAGGAGAAAUAAAGCUUAAAAAAAAAUUAACAAACAAAAGAAGAAGAAUUUGAGAGACAGCAAGAAAGUAACAGCUAUAAGUCAAGUUCAAAAAUGUUGCGGAAAUUCAUUGUCUUUAUGAUCUUCGUGGUGUUAUGCUUGAGUAAUGUAAAAGCUGAGCCGCAAUCUUCAUCGUCCACGUCGUCGAGUGAUACACAGGGAAGAUUCUUUGACUUAGGAUCGAUUCUAGGAAUCAACAGAUACCGACCAUAUGGUGGUGGAUAUCCAGGACAAUAUCCAGGUGGAUAUGGUGGUGGAUAUCCAGGUAGUUAUGGAGGUGGUGGAUAUCCAGGCACUUACGGAGGUGGAUAUGGAGGGUACGGAAAUGGAGGAGGAUAUGGAACAAACUUCAUUGGAGGAGGUGGAUAUGGAGGCUUAGGUGGAAAUUAUGGAUUAAACAGCUAUUAUGGAUAUAAGAAUGAUGGCUAUACAGGCGGUGGACACUUAAAUUAUGGAUAUUAUGAUCCAAAUUUAUUUGUGAAUCGAAAUGUUCGUCCUCAAUAUAAUCCAUCAGGAUAUCGAGGCUAUGACUAAAAUAAAAUAAUUUUGUUAAAUUCUAAAGUUGUGCCUUGUGAGUGUUCAUGUGUGCAUUUAUGCAUAAAAUUAAUUUCUCAUUGUGAUGUACAGUAUACGUUUAGUUUUGUGAAAGAUAAUUAAGUUGAAAGAUGAAGGCAUGGGAAAUGUGUCAAUGAUGCAAGUUUGCAUGAUGCACAGUGAAGAUGAAAAUAGACACGGGAAACUUCGUAUGAUUAAAAUUAUUAUAAUAAUAAAAGUAAAAUGAGUAUAAAUGAUCAUAAUAAUAAUGAAAUAUGAUGUGUUGUGUUUACAUGUUGUUAUACAAUGUUAGCAUUAGACGUUGUUGUCAACUAAAGGUGGUGUUGUUCGUGCUGUAAAAUGGAAUAUUACAUUGUUUUAAAUUCUCGUAAUGAUAAGAAGAAUGUUGAGCAGCAGGAGGAAAAAAAAUGUUGUUAACAUAAAGGAAUGAGUUUUGUUCUGCAAGUCAUGGUCAUGAAAGGUUUAAAAUAAUAACUUUAAUGGUAGAAAAUUCUUAAAGUUUAAAGUUAUUAUUAAGUUGGAUGGAUGUUUCAAUUAAUAUGUCAAACAAGUGCCUAGGAAAACCUUCAAUA